AUGACCCCCUUCCCUUCUCCCCCCCCCCCAUCCCUCAUUGCCCCCCUCCCGUCGUUUGACAAAUUCUUCGUGGACACUCGUGGGAAGCGAACGGUGCCGUACGCCUCGCCGGGAGAAAGCCGCCCCGCCGCUAACGGGGCUUCACGGACCCGCGAACCGGUGGACCUCCUCACCGGUGGACCCCUCCGACCGGUGGACCCACGAACCGUGCCAUCGUCUCGCAAACCCGUGCAAAUACUUGCAAAAAGUCCGGGCGCCGCUCCGGCCGUCCGCCCGGAGGACAUAUUCCGCUGCGAGUCCCCGGACGACCACGAUUACGAAGAGGUGUGUCUCGAGCCGAGUCCGUCGUCGGGCGGAUACAGCAGCCUGGGCAGCGGAGGCGAGAAGAAGGAGAACGGGAAGGCACCCGACCUCAUCCCGCAUCCGAUCAAUACGCAGGACAUCCUCAAGUCGGUGGUCAAUUGCAUCCACAAGAAGCACGGGUGCGCGUGGAAGGAUCAGCUGAGGAGGCUCAAGGGUCACUUAGUGACGUGCAAAUACGAGGCGGAACCGUGCCGCUUGAAGUGCGGGGCGAAGAUCCCGAACCUCAUGAUGGAAGACCACGUGAGAAGCACGUGUCCGAACCGACCCGUCGCCUGCCCGCAUUGUGGCACUGACGUUCCAGUCGCCGAGCAUCAGAAUCACGCGAGCUCGUGCCCCAUGGAAGCGACCUACUGCGAGAACAAGUGCGGGACGAAGGUCCCCCGCCGCGGGAUGGGGAAGCACCGCUCUCAGGACUGCCCCAAGCGAGCCGUGCCCUGCCCCCACUGCCACGCCCAAGUCGUCUACGACACCUUCCAAUCCCACCAGGGCAAGUGCGCCAAGGUGCCGCUGGCGUGCCCCAACGGGUGCGGGGGGACGGGGAUCCCGAGGGAGGACAUGGACCGGCAUCUGGGGAGCAAGUGUCCCAAUUCGCCUUCGCUCUGCCUCUUCAAGGAUGCCGGAUGUCGGUUUAAGGGUGCUCGAAUGACCGUGGAGGAACACGAGGAGCUGUGCUAUCGAGAUCACCUGACACUCUUGAUGGGGCUCGUGGUGAAGCAGGGGCAGCAGAUCCACGCACUCACGAACGCCCUCAGACAUCUCUCCACCAAUCACACCGGAAACCUGAUGUGGAAGAUCACGGAGGUGUCGUCGAAGAUGAAGGAAGCGCGGAGCAAAUCCGGCCUGGAACUGUGCAGCGCGCCGUUCUACACGAGUCCGUUCGGUUACAAGCUGUCGGCGUCGGUGUUCCUGAACGGGAACGGGGCGGGGGAGGGGGGGUACGUCUCGGUGUACAUCAAGAUCCUGCCGGGGGACUACGACAAUCUCCUGCGAUGGCCGUUCUCGCACACGGUCGCGUUCACGCUCUACGACCAGGACCCGGCGCCGGAGCGGGCGUGCAACGUCGUCGAGAGCUUCGUGCCGGACCCGAGCUGGAAGAACUUCCAAGCCCCGAGCAAGGACACGGACUCCCUCGGCUUCGGGUUCCCCAAGUUCGUCCCGCACGAGGCGCUGCACAAGAGGAAUUACAUCAAGGAUGACACGAUCUUCGUCAGGGUCAAGGUGGAGCCGGCGAAGGUCAUCGCCGUCUGA